GCCUCCGCCUCCUCCGGCGCCGCGCGCUGGCUGCGUUUCCAGCCCAUUCAGUUCAUUCAACCGCCGCCUCGAGCGACCGGUGGCUGGUCCUCGCCCUCGCCAAGCCUCCCUCUCUCUCCUGCCUCCAUCCCACUGAGGGCGGACAGUCAAGCCUUAAAGUAUGAAUUACGUGGGACAGCUUGCAGGCCAAGUUCUGGUUACUGUUAAGGAACUAUACAAAGGAAUCAAUCAGGCGACGCUCUCAGGAUGCAUUGAUGUAAUUGUAGUUCGGCAACAAGAUGGCACAUAUCUUUGCUCCCCAUUCCAUGUCCGAUUUGGAAAGCUUGGUGUCUUACGUUCGAAGGAGAAAGUUAUUGAUAUUGAAAUUAACGGAGAAGCAGUUGAUCUUCAUAUGAAGCUGGGUGAUAAUGGAGAAGCUUUCUUUGUGCAAGAAACAGAAGAACAAUUUGAAAGAGUUCCUGCACAUCUUGCAACAUCUCCAAUACCUACAGACGACCAGUUCUUCAAAGAAACUGAUGAUCACUUGCUGAAAUCGGGUGACAAUGAAAGGAUGUGUCUAAGCUCAGAAAUACUACAGAUUGUGGAAGCAGAGCCUUUUUUCCCCUCUGGGUCAGUGAAGAAGAAAAAGCGAAGGAAAAGAAAAUGUAAACAAGAUGCCAAGAAGGAAGAUCAGAUCUCUGCUCCUGGAGCUGAAGAAGGCUUUGAAAUGGAAAUGAGCUCAGAUGAUGAGAGAAGUAUUCUGCCUCUGAGGAACCCAUCAGAUUCUCCACCAAAGGAUGAAGAGUAUAAGGAAUCAUUGAUUUACCACACAAAGGACCAUUACCCUUUAUCAGAUGGAGACUGGUCUCCUUUGGAGAACCCAUUUAGCCAGCCAUCUUGUCCUAAAAGUGAUUCAGAACUUGAAGUUAAGCCUGCGGAGAGCUUACUCCGAGCAGAGUCUCACAUUGAAUGGACGUGGGGAGGGUUCCCAGAAUCUACCAAGAUAAGCAAGAAGGAAAAAUUGGAACACCCCAGAACAGUUACGAUCACUCCAUCAGAGAAGACUCAUUUCAGGGUAAUAUCCAGCAGUGAUGCAGCUGAAGAUGGAAUUUUGGUGAACAAUUCUGUUUGUACAGUAGUAAAGCCUGAGCCAAGAGCACACCAUCUACUUAAGGAGCUAGAUAUUAAAGAGAGACUUGCUUCUACAGCCACAGAACCAAUUUUGGACAUUCUUCAAGGUUCAUUGGCAUUAGAUUCUGAUACUCUUCCCAGUCCAUUGAUAGAUUCUCCGACAGAAACUAAACCACCAGCAAAACUUGAUUCUCCAUCAAAGAAAAAAGGGAUACAUAAGAGAAGUCAUCACCAAGGGCCCGAUGACAUAUAUUUGGAUGACCUGACAGCUUUGGAACCUGAAGUUGCUGCUCUUUAUUUUCCCAAAAGUGACUCUGAUCCAGGUACCAGACAAUGGCUAGAGUCUGACACGCUGUCAGGUUCUCAAUCUCCACAAUCGGUGGGAAGUGCUGCUGCAGAUAGUGGUACAGAGUGUAUGUCUGAUUCUGCAAUGGACUUGCCUGAUGUCACAUUAUCCCUUUGUGGAGGUCUUAGUGAAAAUGGGGAGAUAUCAAAAGAAAAAUUCAUGGAGCAUAUCAUUACUUACCAUGAAUUUGCUGAAAACCCAGGACUCAUAGACAAUCCUAAUUUGGUAAUAAGAAUAUACAACAGGUAUUAUAAUUGGGCAUUGGCUGCUCCCAUGAUCCUCAGCUUGCAGGUGUUCCAUAAGAGCUUGCCACAGGCUACAGUUGAAUCCUGGAUUAAGGAUAAAAUGCCGAAGAAGUCUGGAAGAUGGUGGUUCUGGCGUAAGAAGGACAGCUUGGUCAAACAGCUUCCAGAAGCUAAGGAGGGAAAAUCUGAAGCUCCAAAAGGUGACCUAUCAACAGCCACAAAGGAACAAGUUGAAAACCGGCCUACAGGUGAUGAAUCUUCAACGGAUGAUGAAGGAUCCCAGGAACUAAAAGAAACCUUAAAAAUAGAUUCCGCUUUACUUCCAAGCCAUGGGAAUGCUACAUCUUACAAAAAAUCACUUAGAUUGUCUUCAGAUCAAAUUGAAAAACUGAAGCUAAGAGAUGGGCCCAAUGAUGUUGUGUUCAGCAUUACAACCCAGUAUCAAGGAACUUGCCGUUGUGCGGGGACAAUAUAUCUGUGGAACUGGAAUGACAAAAUAAUUAUUUCAGAUAUCGAUGGAACAAUAACCAAGUCUGAUGCUUUAGGGCAGAUCCUACCACAGCUUGGCAAAGACUGGACACAUCAGGGUAUUGCAAAGCUCUAUCAUUCCAUUAAUGAGAAUGGCUACAAGUUUCUGUACUGCUCUGCUCGUGCCAUUGGAAUGGCAGACAUGACAAGAGGGUACUUGCACUGGGUUAAUGACAAAGGAACGAUAUUGCCCAGGGGUCCCUUGAUGUUGUCUCCGAGCAGUUUGUUCUCUGCUUUUCAUAGGGAAGUGAUAGAAAAGAAACCAGAGAAAUUCAAAAUUGAGUGUUUAAAUGAUAUCAAGAACUUAUUUUCUCCAUGUGAACAACCUUUCUAUGCUGCUUUUGGAAACAGACCUAAUGAUGUGUAUGCCUACAUGCAAGUUGGAGUUCCAGACUGCAGAAUAUUCACAGUCAACCCAAAGGGUGAACUAAUCCAGGAACAAGCAAAGGGAAACAAAUCUUCGUAUUACAGACUGAGUGAACAAGUAGAACAUGUGUUUCCACUUCUUAAUAAAGAACAGAGCUCUGCUUUUGUAUGCCCAGAAUUCAGCUCCUUCUGCUAUUGGAGAGUACAGCUUCCUGAAGUGAACAUAGAAGACUUAGCUUGAACAGCACUGAUCACAGAGAACCUCUUUCUGCAGAGGCUCCUUAAUCCUUUGGUACCAUGUGUCUUAUUAAAUACAGGAAACGCCAAAGGUUUGGCAUAAGCAAAUGAAAUGCAAGGCUGAUCUCUCUUUGUUCUUUUAAGAUGUCCUUACUGUUUGAUUUAAGGCAUUAGAAAGAUAGCAAUCCUUUGAAAUAGCAGACCAUCCAGAGGACAGAGGACAGAAAAUGAAAUUUUAAUUGCAGAUUUGCAUCUUCAUAUAUACAAACCACAGUGGAUGUGUGUGAUGUUUUGUAUGUUAGCCUCCUUGAUAUAUCAUCUUAAAGGAAAAGAGGAAAAAAGUAUGUAAAAUUGAUAGCAGAGAUUUAAUAGGCCCACUAUAGGAAUUAUAUUUAGUACUUAAAUCAGCACUUAUGCUGUUUGAGAUAAUUAAUUUCUUUAAAAAUAUCUUAAAAUUCAUGCGUUUGUGUGUAGUGGUCACUCUGUUUUGCUACACCUUUAAAGAACUGAGGAUUGGAGUGGAAAUGGUACUUCUAUUACCCACUCAUGGUUGUGUUGCCUUUAAAAAAAGAAAGAAAGAACAAACAACAACUAUACAGUGAUUGGGGCUGUCUGGGAUGCUUUUUCUUACUUGCAGCAAUUUUUGCUUCCUAAGCUGCUAUGUGAAAUUAGAAUUCUAAAGAACAGUAAGAACAUCUUUGCUGCAAACAGCUGACAUCUCUUAACUGCACUUGGCAUGGGUACUAUACAGAUCAGCAAGCAACAGAUUCAGAAAAUAUUCAGGGAUAAAUUCUUGUUUUAUAAAAGAAGGUAAUGUAUAUAGUCAGUCUUUAAAACUGGAACUACUAUUAAUGCCUUUCUAGAACUCUGUAUCAGGGUUUUUCAGUUUUGAGAAAAGUGGCACAUGACAAGGGCAUCCAAGUGAGAAAUACUGUGUGUGGCAGGUACAAAAUGUUACUUCUGUUUAGACAUUUAGUAUGUUAGCUCCACAGUGGAUCCAAAAGCAACUGAGGUCCUGAUUUAAGUAGCCAGUUGUCUUGCAUUCUUUCAUCUAUUUCUAUCCAACACCUGACACAAAAAUGAUAGUUGAUUAUAAUGUCUAUAAACAAAAACAUUCCCACUCCCUGCCAGGUUAGUUUAGUAUGCCAUAAACCAACUCAAACUGAAAGAGUUAACAUUUUUUAAUCAUCAUAUAACUUUAAGCUAGGUCAGACCUUAAGAACUGAAAUGCUGACUAGUGCUUUCCUGGUCACCCAAAGUAUCCAUGUAAGCGUACCAAAACUGUAUUCUCUGCCAGGUAUGAACUAAGUUUAAUCUGCAGGUUUGCUACCGGUGCUGGUUUUACGUUGUCAACUAUGGUAGCAGCGCUUAAGGACUAGACGUAGUGCUCUCAAUAAAAUCUUUAUCAGACUUAUUGAGGAGUUUCACAACUAGUAAUUUGCUCCUUUUGACUUUGUACAGGGAAAACAUUUGAGACUAAUUAGAUCAGUUAAAUAGAUCAGUACAGUAAAUGUAACCUUAGAAAUUUCAACCCCCAACAUUUUCCUAACUAAACAGUGAUUGGGCUGUAAAAUGUCAUGUGGUUUUAAACUAUUUUUCAAUCAGAUAAUCUUAAAGUAAUAGAAUACCUAAACCUCCACACAUAAGGAAGCACAAGUUAUAGCUCUAGUAAAGAAAAGCCUACUGUACUGGAUAAAAUUUACUUUUAACAUUUAGCACUUGUUCAUUUGCAUAUUAUAUGGUAUUCUGUAAAGCACUCUGAAAAUUUGAAAUAUCCUAGAUUAAAUUUCAAUUUUAGUUGAA